GUGCUACCUCAACGACAUUAAAAUAAUAAUAAUAAUAAUAAAAAUAAAAAUAAAGAGCCGGCUGUGAGACGGCCCAACCCAUCCGCACCACCUGCUUCUCCUCCUUCCUCCAUAAGAAGCAGCUUCACUUUCUUUUAGAGGAGAAUUAAAUACAGCCUAGUUUAUGGGAUGGAGUCUAACAACGUCGUAGCACCGUUCGUUAUGAAGACUUAUCAGAUUGUCAAUGAUCCAAAGACGGAUACGAUAAUCAGUUGGGGCAAAGCCAAUAACAGCUUCAUCGUCAUCGACCCGUUAGAUUUCUCACAGAGGAUCUUACCUGCUUAUUUCAAACACAACAACUUCUCUAGCUUCGUUCGUCAAUUAAACACCUAUGGUUUUAGAAAAGUGGAUCCCGAUAGAUGGGAAUUCGCAAAUGAAUGUUUCUUAAGAGGCCAAAAGCAGUUACUGAAGAAUAUAGUUCGUAGAAAGCAUAGUAAGAGCUCAUUUAUGCAAGGUAAAAUUGAGGACUUUGACAAUGAAGAGUUGGUUAUGGAGAUAGCGAGGUUGAAGCAGGAACAGAAGCUUCUAGAGAAAGAGCUUGAAGGGAUGAACAAACGUUUAGAGGCUACGGAGAGAAGACCUCAACAAAUGAUGGCUUUUCUUAACAAAGUCGUCGAGGACCCUGAUCUUCUUCCUCGCAUGAUGCUCCAGAAGGAACGAACCAGACAAUUAACUGAAAAGAAACGCCGUCUUAUGAUUUCUUCUUCUUCGUCGUCCUCUGGUGGAGCCGCCGUUUCUAGUUCUGUUAAGUCUGAAGAAGAAGAAGAGGAGGGAAACAUAGGGGUAAUAUCGUCACAAGAGAAUAAUAACCUUUGGCAAUCAUCCCCGUCGCCGGAGACAAAUCCUAUAAGAUGGUUAGGAGAAGGAAACUACGGUUGUUUGAUAGAGCCUGGUCUGUUAACGUCGGGUUCUUCAGUAGGUGCAGGGAUUGGGAAUAGUGUGACUGUAGCGGUGUCUCCGCCAGGGAACGGUUUGAUAGUUUAUGGCGGUGAUAGGGUAGGGGAAAUUAGUUAUUUUGCAGGACUGGAGGCGGGGGUGGAUGCAAGACCGCCACCGCCUUAUCCAUUUUCGCUUUUAGGAGGUGGCUUUUAGCUGCUAUUAACAAGAAAUAUCAUCUUGGAUUCUAUAUACCUUCUGUAUUAAUUUUGCUUUUUGGUAUAUUGCCUUUUCUUUAUCCCUUUCUUUGGUUUAAUAAUUCUUGUAAAAAAACAGAAGUAAUUUAAUUUUGUGGUUAAUAUGCUGUUUA